AUGGAAUGCAAUACUUUUAUCACUUAGAAAUUCUCUAAUUUAAGAGAUCUCCGGCUUUAAAAGAAAAUGAAUGGUAAAAGUCCGAUUUAACCCUAUUAAAAGUAGUAGUAGAGCUAGUAUUUACUUAAAGUUCAAUAGCAAGCAAAGAAACUAAUUUAUAAAUAAUAUAGCAAGGCUCAAAUUCAUUAAAAUAGCUUAGCAUCAGAAGUUUCACAUGAUUUCAAGGAUUAUGAUAAUUCAGCGUAAUCAAAUGAGAUAAGCAUCCAAAAUUAAAGCAUUGAUAGAAGUCCUGUUUUCUUUAUCGAGGAUAGAAGUAAGCCAAGUAAGCUUCAAAAAUUAAAGCCCAUUAAUUCAAAAAAUAUAAGAGAGAGCUAGAAUUUCAUCCAUGAAAAGCCAGCUCCAAAAUUCAAAAUAGAUAAUACGAAAAAAACUCUACUGAUUAAAAGAAAAGAUUUACUUCAGAUCAACCCAGUUUAAAACAAAUAAAACCUAGACAUGCUAAACUACCAAACUAGAACCAGGACAUUCAUAAACUAGACUUCAUUAACAGAUUCUGUUGAGCACAAAAUACAGGAAUAAAUGCAUAUUACCUUUCGAAGGAUUAAUAAAUUGCUGAGAAAUAAAAUGGUGAAUGGGAAUGAAUAUUUGAAAAUAAUCAAACUGUUUGAAUACGAGGAUAUAGAUAGAUAGCUAUUAGAUAAGGACAUAUUUGAAAUGAUAAUGGAGAAGCUUAUUAUAAAAUUAUAGAAUAAAAGAAGCUAAGUAUAAAGAUCAAAUUCGAUUGAUAUAAUAAGAAUUGGAGAUAACUACUUUGUAAAUGACUCCAAGAACUUCUUCAAACAAAGGAAUAGCGAGAAGAAAAUAUUCGUUAAAGAAAAUUAGAGAUAAAGAAAGAAGAUUGAGUUUUAGACUCAAUAAUCGAGGAAUCAAACUUUUAGAAAUUCAUGCUUGACCGAAAGGAGAUCUGAUGACUUAUCAUAAUCGACUGAAAGAGUAAUAAGGCAUUUAUCCCAGUAAAAAUUGACUAGUACAAAUAUAUUAAAUCUCUAUCGGAUGAGACUAAGAACUAGAGCCAUCCCUAAUCCUGAUUAGUCGACUUUAUAGUCUCAAUUUUCUCAAGGAAGCAUUAAAUCACAAUCUAAGUCCAUAUGCUUUUGA